AUGAACCGAUACACAACCAUGAAACAGCUGGGGGACGGCACCUACGGGAGUGUGCUGAUGGGCAAGAGUAACGAAUCUGGGGAGCUGGUGGCCAUCAAAAGAAUGAAAAGAAAGUUCUAUUCCUGGGAUGAAUGUAUGAACUUGAGAGAAGUUAAGUCUCUGAAGAAACUUAAUCAUGCCAAUGUGAUUAAACUAAAAGAAGUUAUCAGAGAAAAUGACCAUCUCUAUUUUAUAUUUGAAUAUAUGAAAGAAAACCUCUAUCAAUUAAUGAAAGACAGAAACAAGCUGUUCCCUGAGUCAGUCAUCAGAAAUAUUAUGUAUCAAAUAUUGCAGGGGCUGGCAUUUAUCCAUAAACAUGGUUUUUUUCAUAGGGAUAUGAAACCAGAAAACUUGCUUUGUAUGGGUCCAGAACUUGUAAAAAUUGCUGAUUUUGGACUUGCCAGAGAAUUAAGAUCACAGCCACCAUAUACUGAUUAUGUAUCUACCAGAUGGUAUCGUGCCCCUGAAGUUUUAUUAAGAUCUUCGGUUUAUAGCUCUCCCAUUGAUGUGUGGGCUGUUGGGAGCAUAAUGGCUGAACUAUAUACAUUAAGACCACUUUUCCCAGGGACAAGUGAGGUCGAUGAAAUCUUUAAGAUUUGCCAAGUUUUAGGGACUCCCAAAAAAAGUGACUGGCCAGAAGGGUACCAGCUUGCAUCCUCUAUGAACUUCCGUUUUCCCCAGUGUGUUCCUACAAACUUAAAAACUCUUAUUCCCAAUGCCAGUAAUGAAGCUAUUCAGCUUAUGACUGAAAUGUUGAAUUGGGAUCCAAAGAAGCGACCAACAGCAAGUCAGGCAUUGAAACACCUGUAUUUUCAAGUUGGUCAAGUAUUAGGCCCUUCCUCACAUCAUCUGGAAUCGAAACAAUCUUUAAAUAAGCAGGUGCAACCACUAGAAUCAAAGCCAUCUUUAGGGGAUCUAGAAUCUAAGCCUCUGCCGGACAUAAACGAUCAGACGGUCAGACAGCCCCAGCCGAAAAACCGCCACCAGCCACUGCAGUCCAUCCAGCCUCCACAGAACACGAGUGUCCAGCCAGUGCCAAAGCAGCCCGGUCAACAGAAAGAGCCACAAACACUGUUUCCAAGUAUCGUCAGAAACAUGCCAACCAAGCCAAAUGGCACACUGGGUCAUAAAAGUUCAAGGAGGCGUUGGGGUCAGACUGUGUUCAAGUCUGGAGAUAGCUGGGAAGAGUUUGAGGACUGUGAUCUUGGAGCCUCCCAUUCCAAGAAGCCAAGCAUGAGUGUAUUCAAAGAAAAGAGGAAAAAAGAUUCUCCAUUUCGGCUUCCAGAGUCCGUACCCUCAGGCUCCAACCACUCGGCAGCAGGGGAAAACAAGAGCUUACCUGCUGCUUUUUCCCUAAAAUCUGAUUCUGAACUGUCAACUGCCUCAACAGCCAAACAGUACUACUUGAAGCAAUCAAGAUACCUUCCAGGUGUAAAUCCCAAGAAUGUGUCCUUGGUAGCCAGUGGAAAGGAUAUAAACUCAUAUACAUGGAGUAAUCAGUUAUUUCCUAAGUCAUUGGGACCCAUGGGGGCAGAACUUGCUUUCAAAAGGAGUAAUGCAGAGGAAAGCAUAAUUAAACCAACUGAAAAACUAUCAUGCAAUGAAAGUUUUCCUGAAAAAUUAGAGGACCCACAAGGAAAUCUUGGAAGUUAUGCUACUUACAGCCAGUCGGGAUAUAUUCCUUCCUUUCUCAAAAAAGAAGUGGGGUCAGCUGGCCAGAGGAUACACUUUGCGCCUCUUGGUGCAACAACCUCCGAAUAUACCUGGAACACAAAACCUGGUCGGGGGCAGUUUUCAGGACCUACUUACAAUCCUACAGCCAAGAAUCUAAAUAUUGUGAACCAUGCACAGCCAGUUCAUUCGGUGCAUGGAAGGACAGACUGGGUGGCCAAGUAUGGCAGCCACCGGUAG